CUCGAAGGCGCAAAGGCCACCCUUGCAUGACCGCAUUCUUGCGUCCUUCCUUGCCUCGCGCUCGUCCCGCGGCAAUCCCAGUGCGAGCUUCGACGGGUGGCGUAGGAACGUUGCUCUUCUAGCAGGGGGGGAGAGUAAAUCUCGUUUUGAUUCUUGACAAUUCUGGAAGUAAUCGCGUUUCAGGGACAAUCCUCAGAAAGGAUUCAGAAAGGAUUCUCUCUCUGAAGAGCUUUCUCGCGUUUCUCUCUGAAGGCCAUGGCUGGCGACGAGGGCGUCGAAGCACGGCAGCAGGCAGCAGGCGAACGCUCUCACAGCCACGGGCACGGCGAUCACGGGCACGGGCAUGGACAUGGGGAGCACCGUCACCACGGCCAUCACGACCACGAUCAUGACGAGCAUCAGCAUCAUGGGGAGGGACACGCGCAUGGGGAUCACCAUCACCACCACCAUCCCGCAACCGGCGACACGUCAGCGCCGUCCGACGAGUUCCGCGGCGCAGACGGGCAAGUGUACCACUCGCACGACGGGCUCGCGCCGCACUCGCACGAGCCGCUCGACAGCGCGGGGAGCUUCCCGCUGCGCGCGCCGCCCAUGGGGGGCCGCGACUUCUCGGAGCGCGCAUUUACCGUUGGGAUUGGCGGACCCGUGGGAUCCGGCAAGACUGCGCUCAUGCUGGCAUUGUGCCGCACAUUGAGGGAGCAGUACAGCCUGGCGGCCGUGACCAACGACAUCUUCACCCAAGAAGACGGCGAGUUCCUGAUCAAGCACGCCGCCCUCUCGCCGCCCGACCGCAUCCGGGCGGUGGAGACGGGCGGCUGCCCGCAUGCUGCUAUUCGGGAGGACAUCAGCAUCAACCUGGGGCCACUGGAGGAGCUCUCGGUGCAAUUCACAGCGGACAUGCUUCUCUGUGAAUCGGGAGGGGACAACCUGGCAGCCAAUUUCAGCCGUGAGCUGGCAGACUAUAUCAUCUACAUAAUCGACGUGUCGGGCGGCGAUAAGAUUCCAAGGAAGGGUGGGCCAGGGAUUACCCAGGCGGACUUACUGGUGGUGAAUAAGACUGACCUGGCGCCAGCAAUCGGUGCUGACUUGGCGGUAAUGGAGAGGGACGCCCUUCGCAUGCGGGAUGGAGGGCCGCUGGUCUUUGCACAGGUGAAGCACGGAGUGGGCGUGCCGGCCAUUGUGGACCACGUGCUCACAGCAUGGUGUGCUGCCACAGGCCAGCCCAGGAGGUGACAGGUUACAGUUGCAGUUACGGUUACGGUUAUGGUUACAGUUACGGUUACCAUCAUGAUGGCACAUGGGGACAGGUUGUGGGGGGUGAUGGGACAGGACAGGAGAGGAUUGGUUAUGGCACCACACCACACAUCAGAACUGCAAGAGAUUUAGAGUGAUGUAUGUAUGAUAAUGUUGUUGGCUAACAUAACGGCAAUAUACGUAACUGAUGUGGAGAGGCUGUUAGAAUACGUGAAUGAUUAUUAGAAGUAGAAACCUAGAACAUAUACCUGUUGGGU